UCAGCUUCCUUCCUCCUCCUCUGUCUCUGUAGAGAGAGAGAGAGAGCGGGAAUGUCCCCUUCUUCGAUUACGUGCUCCAGAUUCGCCAUAAUCGCCGCAGCUGCACUUCUACUCCAGUCCCUCGGCCUCUCCCUCUUCAUCUUCGGCUUCUUCCCCACCAACCCUGCUCUCUCUGGCGUCAGUGGACCGGAGAGCUUCCGUGCGCCGUGGCCCAACGGCGUUGGAAAUGAUUCGGCGGCGGCAUUGCCUCCUGAAGAGCUCAAGCGGUUGUAUCAGGAAUUAUCUGAGAUCAGCCCUCCGUUCGAUCGGCUAAUUCUAAUGGUUGUUGAUGGUCUUCCAGCAGAAUUUGUGCUUGGAAGGGACGACAAGCCUCCAAGAGAGGCUUUUGUUGAAGCCAUGCCUUAUACUCAGUUGUUACUAGCGAAUGGAUCUGCAGUUGGGUACCAUGCAAAGGCUGCACCUCCGACUGUUACGAUGCCGUGCUUGAAGGUUGUUUCUUUGGGCUACUUCUAUGUUUUAGGUUGA